AUGACUCCGCCGCCCAGUGGUCUUGCGGAACUGGGGAGCGAGAGGGCAACUGAAGCUCUGCGGGUGGGAGCAAAAUUACUGCUUUGGGAGCCGAGUGAAGGCAGGAAACUGCCCUUCUCCAGGGACGACCUCUGCUGGUUUCUGCUACAGCCCCCCGUCUCCUCUGAGGAGGCCGCGGCCGAGUCAGGUGGCGUCAAUGGUGGCGAAGAGCAGGGCACCGGCAAAGGGGAAGAAGAGGAGCCGGAGGAGCGCAGCGGGGACGAGACGCCGGGAUCCGAGGCGCCGGGUGACAAGGCCGCAGAGGAACAGGGAGAUGACCAAGAUAGUGAAAAGUCAAAACCAGCAGGCUCAGAUGGUGAGCGGCGGGGGGUAAAGAGACAGCGGGAUGAGAAGGAUGAACAUGGCCGAGCUUACUAUGAAUUCCGAGAGGAGGCUUACCACAGCCGCUCAAAGUCCCCACCGCCCCCUGAAGAAGAGGCAAAAGAGGAGGAGGAAGACCAAACUCUUGUGAACCUGGACACGUAUACCUCUGAUCUCCAUUUUCAAGUGAGCAAAGACGGCUAUGGAGGGCAGCCACUUUUCUCAGAGAAGUUCCCUACCCUGUGGUCUGGGGCAAGGAGUACUUAUGGAGUGACAAAGGGGAAAGUCUGCUUUGAGGCCAAGGUAACCCAGAAUCUCCCAAUGAAAGAAGGCUGCACAGAGGUUUCUCUCCUUCGAGUCGGAUGGUCUGUUGAUUUUUCCCAUCCACAGCUUGGUGAGGAUGAAUUCUCUUACGGUUUUGAUGGACGAGGACUCAAGGCAGAGAAUGGGCAAUUUGAGGAAUUUGGCCAGACUUUUGGGGAGAAUGAUGUCAUUGGCUGCUUUGCUAAUUUUGAGACUGAAGAAGUAGAACUUUCCUUUUCUAAGAAUGGAGAAGACCUUGGUGUGGCAUUCCGGAUCAACAAGGAAUCCCUGGCAGACCGGGCGCUCCUACCCCAUGUCCUCUGCAAAAAUUGUGUUGUAGAAUUGAAUUUUGGUCAGAAGGAGGAGCCCUUCUUCCCACCACCAGAAGAGUUUGUGUUCAUCCAUGCUGUGCCUGUUGAGGAGCGUGUGCGCACUGCAGUCCCACCUAAGACCAUGGAGGAGUGUGAGGUGAUUCUGAUGGUGGGACUGCCCGGAUCUGGAAAGACUCAGUGGGCACUGAAAUACUCAAAAGAAAACCCUGAGAAAAGAUACAAUGUCCUGGGAGCUGAGACUGUCCUCAAUCAAAUGAGGAUGAAGGGGCUUGAGGAGCCAGAAAUGGACCCCAAAAGCCGAGACCUUUUAGUUCAGCAAGCCUCCCAGUGCCUUAGCAAACUGGUCCAGAUUGCUUCCCGGACAAAGAGGAACUUCAUUCUUGAUCAGUGUAACGUGUACAACUCUGGCCAACGGCGGAAACUGUUGCUGUUUAAGACGUUCUCUCGGAAAGUGGUGGUGGUUGUCCCUAGCGAGGAGGAUUGGAAGCAGAGGCUGGAGUGGAGGAAGGAAGUGGAGGGCGAUGAUGUGCCUGAGUCCAUCAUGCUGGAGAUGAAAGCCAACUUCUCUUUGCCUGAAAAAUGCGACUACAUGGAUGAGGUGACAUAUGGGGAGCUGGAGAAGGAAGAAGCUCAGCCUCUUGUCACUAAGUACAAGGAGGAGGCCAGGAAGCUGCUGCCCCCCUCUGAGAAACGGACAAACCGCCGGAACAAUCGAAACAAGCGCAACCGGCAGAACCGAAGCCGAGGCCAAGGCCAAGGCUAUGUGGGCGGGCAGCGCCGAGGCUACGACAACCGGGCCUACGGGCAGCAGUACUGGGGGCAGUCUGGAAACAGAGGGGGUUAUCGUAAUUUCUACGAUCGAUACCGGGGAGAUUAUGAUCGCUUCUAUAGUCGAGAUUAUGAGUACAACAGAUACAGAGACUAUUACAGACAGUACAAUCGGGAUUGGCAGAAUUACUACUACCACCACCCCCAGGACAGAGACCGAUACUACAGGAACUACUACGGUUACCAAGGGUAUCGGUGAAGCCUCUGCCCUUGUCACCUGUCAGCCAUGAAGCUGAAUCUCUGGGGGUGCCAGCCAUCCCCAAAAACACAACCAAGGAAAACAGGGGCUGUCGGGGUGGGGCUGAGCUGCCGGGGAGGGGUGGUGGGAGGGAGGG